AUUUUAAAUGUUUGUUUUCUCUGACGUUUAAACUAAUGGUAUUUAUUUGUUCAGAUCUCGGAUUGCAGGAUGAAUCACGUAAUAGUACAAACGCUUGAAUAACAAAGUCCAGAAUGCAUAGUGCUAAAUUCUUGUCUAUAUCAACAGAAGAUUAAACCACGCUAGCCUCCCCUCAUCCUCACUCUGCAGAUCUUCAAGCACAGAUUAGAGUAUAUGCGCCUGACUCUGGCGUAAUGAAGUAGAUGGGGGAAUCAAAGAACAUGGUGUUGAAUGGCAGGCGGCAUGGCAGCAGAUUCUCCAGUGAUCUAUCCAUAACCUCGGCCAGGUCGCUGCGACAGAGCAAGGGCUCCUUUAGAAGCAGGAGAUGUAGUCCACGUGUCAGCAGUUCUACCCUAGAGGCAGAGAGACGUCAUACCCCAUCAUCUGGUAUGACUGCAAAAGAGCUCUGUGAGAAUGAUGACUUGACUACAAGCCUUAUUCUGGACCCCUACCUCGGCUUCCAGACCCAUAAGAUGAAUCGGAGGUUUCGACCUGUCAAGGACCGACAUAGACAGUUGAAGGAGGUGCUAGAGUGCUUUAAAAAACAUGACAACCUUGAGAAGGCCUUCCAUGCCUUGACUGCAGGGGACUGGUCAAGACACCACUUUCCGCACAAGACGAAGGCACAGGGCAAACUCUUCAAAGAGCAUGUUUUUGUUUACCUACGAAUGUUUGCAACGAACAGUGGGUUUGAAAUACUUCCUUGCAAUCGUUAUUCCUCUGAGCAGAAUGGAGCCAAAAUUGUAGCAACAAAAGACUGGAAAACCAAUGAUAAGAUAGAAUACCUGGUGGGCUGCAUCGCUGAGCUAUCGCAGAAUGAGGAAAGUGUGUUACUGCGACAUGGAGAAAAUGACUUCAGUGUGAUGUACUCCACCCGCAAGAACUGUGCUCAACUGUGGCUGGGACCUGCAGCCUUCAUCAACCAUGAUUGCAGGCCAAAUUGCAAGUUUGUUUCCACUGGGCGAGAUACAGCUUGUGUCAAGGUUCUUGGGGAUAUUGAACCCGGAGAAGAGAUCUCCUGUUAUUAUGGAGAUGGCUUCUUUGGGGAAAAUAAUGAACUAUGUGAAUGUUACACAUGUGAAAGACGAGGUGCUGGUGCUUUCAAAUCGAAGACUGGACAGCCUACACCCACUCCAAUUAUCAACAGCAUGUAUGGCCUGAGAGAGACAGACAAACGUCUCAAUCGGCUGAAGAAACUAGAAGACAGCAAAUGCUCUGGCAGUCAGUUGGAAGGCUCUAAUAUGGAUCCAGACUCUCAGGAAAAUCAUGACACACAUCCAUCAGUAGGGAGGACAGCCCGCUCUAGUGUGACAAGGCUCAGUGACUCACAAGCUCUAAGCAGGCAAACUCUGUCCAAAAUGCCUAUCCCUACCUCAUCGUUCAAUCAAAGACACUCAAAGAACUCCAACAUGCCAAAGAGGCUAAAAUCAAAGUCCAUAAAGCCUUUGCUCAAGUUAGGAAGAAGGUGUCAGGUAACUGCCCACAAGUGCCCCAUUGAGGUGGAAGCUAUGGGUUUGUGCCUUAAAGACCCCACAGAAUAUGUCAAUAACAGGGUCUCACAAAAGAGAGAGAUGGAUAAGAAAGGGCCCGUGCAAGUGGUGGGAACAAGGGGUGAUCUUGAGCACUAUACUGCGAAGGAAAACCAUCAGAAAUCAGUGAAAGAUGUUAAUAGGUGCCCUGAUGGUUUAGCAUGCACUCACAGAACUCGCAGUUCAACCAGAGCAUCAGUUGGCACACAGGAGUCUGACAACAUUAAACUUGAACCAAACUUGCCACCCAUCCACUGCGGUGUGGUUAGUAAGACCAAGCCUAUGGACCUUGGAGAUUGUGUCACAGACAGUCACUGGAUGAACAGCUCAAGCCUGGAUAUCAGCUGUCCAAAGACUGAGAACUGUCACAGAUAUAAGCAAAUGAUAAAGCAGGAAGAGCACUCUUUCCGACCAGCAUCCCUUCUCAAGGAGGAGGUUACAGACCUGCACCAUACAGCCUGCACCACAGACAUAGCUGAUGGCAGGAAAGAGCUGCAAGGCCUGCCUGAUGGUCAUGAGCCCUACAACCUGUCUAAGGGAGACAAGCUUCUCCACCUUGGUAAGGGGAAGAAGAAACAGCAGAUUACGCGCUAUGAUUCCCAGCUGAUCCUAGCCAACAACAACUCAGGUGUCCCCAAGUUGACCCUGCGGAGACGAAGGGACAGCAGCAGCAGUAGGAUUGAGCCUGGUGAUGCAGACCCUGUCAAGUCCUCCAGCUCCACAAAGACCAGCAUGAAAUUUGUUAAGGACCAUCAUGCAAAGACCAAGAGGAGUUCUUAUGCAGCCAGACUGAGUAAUGGGACUUUCAGUCCUGUGGACCACAUCCGCUCCUCCAAACAUGGCCUCAGCCCUGUGGACCACAUCCGCUCCUCCAAACAUGGCCUCAGUCCUGUGGACCACAUCCGCUCCUCCAAACAUGGCCUCAGUCCUGUGGACCACAUCCGCUCUUCCAAACAUGGUCUCGGUCCUGUGGACCACAUCCGCUCCUCCAAACAUGGCCUCAGUCCUGUGGACCACAUCCGCUCCUCCAAACAUGGCCUCAGUCCUGUGGACCACAUCCGCUCCGCCAAACAUGGCCUCAGUCCUGUGGACCACAUCCGCUCCUCCAAACAUGGCUUCAGUCCUGUGGAUCACAUCCGCUCCUCCAAACAUGGCCUCAGUCCUGUGGACCACAUCUGCUCCUCCAAACAUGGCCUCAGUCCUGUGGACCACAUCCGCUCUUCCAAACAUGGUCUCGGUCCUGUGGACCACAUCCGCUCUUCCAAACAUGGUCUCGGUCCUGUGGACCACAUCUGCUCCUCCAAACAUGGCCUCGGUCCUGUGGACCACAUCCGCUCUUCCAAACAUGGCCUCAGUCCUGUGGACCACAUCCGCUCCUCCAAACUGCAUAUUCAGCUGCAGCGUGAGCAGGACAGCAGGAGGCUCAGCCAGUAUCACCAUGGUACUGGGCCCUUCACGGGUAUAGUAGAGAGGGAAGCAGGGGAGGUCUUUGGGCCGACUGUAGCAACAUUUGGGAUGCAUGAUGACACAGAGGAAGACUCGUCCUCCUCUGAAGAAGAGGAUGAAGACGACGUCUCUGACUCUGACCAUGAAGAGUUCGACGAUUUCAUUCCACUUCCACCAACAAAACGCCUCCGCCUCAUUGUUGGUAAAGACUCUAUAGAUAUUGAUAUUGCAUCAAGGAGACGUGAAAAUCAGUCACGCACAGUCAAUGCAUGAGCUUUAUGGAUCUUUAUUUGACUAGUUGAUUUAAGUCAACAAAAAAAUCCCAUGCUGUUGUAAAAUGUUAACUAUUUUUGUACAUGAUGGAACUUGAUUUGUUAUUCAUAUAGUAGAAUGUGUAUAUUUUACAUAGCAUAUGUGUAGGCCUUUAUUUUUAUAUCUUCAGCUUUAUUUUGUACAAUUGUUAAUUAUAUUUAAAGCCUUUUCUUGUUUGUGGGGAAAACAUGCUAAAUUUUGCUUCACUGACAUUCACAAGAAUGGAACCUUUUGGGAACACACUUGAUGUGCUUUUGUCCGCAUGGCAGUGUAUACAUGCAUAUAAAAUAAUGUGUUUUAUAUAUUGUUUUGAGAGUUUGAAAGGAACAGAAUUGUUUCUUACUGGAAGUCUGUGAAAAUGUGUUUGACUUCCAGUGAUUCCUGGGAGCUGGUCUGUGACAUUUUUGACCCAUUUUUAAUAAUUCCUUCAUUAAUCAAAAUGUCUUGGUGAUUAUGUAUUAUGUUAACUUUUCAGUUUGUGAAGAGAGAGAUUUUCUUUUUAUUCUAUUCAUUUCACUAAGUCACUCAAUUCUCAAACUGUACCACUUCUCAGUCUCCGUUUUAACAAUCACAAAUUCAUUACAACUUACUUGGUCUGGCAUUGGGAGUGUAGAUAUUCAAACACUUUGAAAAUCAGAUUUUUUUCUUUGCUAUUUUGUUCACCAUUGGUUCAUCUGUAUGACUUUCUGUCUGCUGUGCUUGAAUGAUGUGCAUGUCUCAACUUCUUAAAUUGCUCUAUCGUUUUUUUUUAUACUAGGUUGAUUUUAAAGUCGGUUGUACAACUUUGGUGGACCUGUCACUGUAUGCUGUCAUUCGUAGGCUACUGUCUGUGGUCUUGAUUAAGCUACACUACAUGGCCAAAAGUUCGUUGAACAUCUCAUUCCAAAAUCAUGGGCAUUAAUAUGGAGUUGGUCCCUCCUUUGCUGCUAUAACAGCCUCCACUCUUCUGGGAAGGCUUUCCACUAGAUGUUGGAACAUUACUGCGGGGACUUUCUUUCGGCGUUCCAAUUCAUCCCAAAGGUGUUCGAAGGGGUUGAGGUCAGGGCUCUGUGCAGGCCAGUCAAAUUUUUACACACCGAUCUUGACAAACCAUUUCUGUAUGGACCUUGCUUUGUGCAUGGGGUCAUUAUCGUGUUGAAACAGGAAAAUACCUUCCUCAAACUGUUUCCACAAAGAUGGAAGCACAGAAUUGUCAAGAAUGUCAUUGUAUGCUGUAGCGUUAAGAUUUCCCUUCACUGGAACUAAGGGGCAUAGCCUGAAUCAUGUAAAAACAGCCCCAGAUCAUUAUUCCUCCUCCACCAAACUUUACAGUUGGCACUAUGCAUUCGGGCAGGUAGCGUUCUCCUGGCAUCCGCCAAACCCACGUUCGUCCGUUGGACUGCCAGUUGGUAAAGCGUGAUUCAUCACUCCAGAGAACAUGUUUUCGCUGCUCCAGAGUCCAAUUGCAGCAAGUUUUACACCACUCCAGCCGACGCUUGGCGUUGCACCUGGUGAUCUUAGGCAUGUGUGCGGAUGCUCGGCAAUGGAAACCCAUUUCAUGAUCUCCUGACAAACCGUUAUUGUGCUUCCGUUGCUUGCAAAGGCAGUUUGGAACUCAGUAGUCAGUAUCUCCUCGGUUGCAAAACUAUUUUUAUGCGCUUCAGCACUCAGCGGUCCCAUUCUGUGAGCUUGUAUGGCCUACCACUUUGCAAUUGUUUCUCCUAGACAUUUCCACUUCACAAUAACAGCACUUACAGUUGCCCGGGGAAGCUCUAGCAGGGCAGAAAUUUGAUUAAAUGAUUCGUUGGAAAGGUGGCACCCUAUGACGGUGCCAUGUUGAAAGUCACUGAGCUCUUCAGUACAGGCCAUUCUGUCAAUGUUUGUCUAUGGAGAUUGCAUGGCUAUGCUCAAUUUUAUUCACCUGUCAGCAAUGGGUGUGGCUGAAAUAGCCAAAUCCACUAUUUUGAAGGGGUGGCCACAUACUUUUGGUCAUGUAGUGUACCUUUUUGAGUUGCUUGUAUAAUGUUGAGAAUUACAGUUGAAUUUCAUAUAUAUGGUUGUGCAUUCUAUAACUUAAUGUAUGUAAUUCUUAACAUUUAUCUCCAUGUUUAAUUGUUUUUCUACCUCAGAAAAAAACUACUAAACGUGUCCUUAUUUCUGGUGAAUGUAGUUUAUGUAAUGCAAAUCACAAAUGCUUGUUUUUAUUUUACAGUUUUAAGUACUCAAAUUAAAGGUUUCUUCCAAGUGUUUUGUCUUCA